UUUUUGGGAAAUUAUAGUACUGACUAGUAAUCCCUGAAUCGCAGACUCAUUUGCGCCUUCAGAUUUCUCCGGCGACCCCAAAUGGUGGGCUUCCACAAUCUCCGACUUGCCCACCGGCUUACCGGCUGCUCUCUUUCCUCUCUUCUUCUCCAUGGUUCAGCUUCUACAUGCGAGUUAUCGCUGAAAGUGGGUUGUAGGAGUUAUUGCACGGGGACCUCGAAUCGAGUUAGGAAUUUGUUUCCUUUGAAUUAUAUCAGUGCCCCAUUAGCUUGUAUUCCGAGGACAUCAUACACACACUUGUUGCGAUAUUCAUCUACACAGGGCCUGAGGCAUGAACAAUUUUGUACUACUGCAGGAAAUGAGGGAGAGCAAAAAAUAUCUGUAACUUUCGUUGACAAGGAUGGAGAAGAGAACCAUAUCAAGGUCCCUGUUGGAAUGUCUAUGUUAGAAGCUGCACAUGAAAAUGACAUUGAACUUGAAGGAGCAUGUGAAGCUUCACUUGCCUGUUCCACAUGUCAUGUGAUUGUUAUGGAUAUGGAGUAUUACAACAAGCUAGAAGAUCCAACAGAUGAAGAAAAUGAUAUGUUGGAUCUUGCUUUUGCUCUCACCGAUACGUCACGUCUAGGUUGUCAGGUAAUUGCAAAACCUGAACUCGAUGGCAUUCGAUUAGCUCUCCCUGUUGCCACAAGAAACUUUGCUGUUGAUGGCUAUAAACCAAAACCACAUUAGAACUUUUUCAUAGAUAGAGCAUUUUAUGGUUCAUGUCUAACAAACACAUGAGUCAACAAAUUUUGUGGGAUGAUUAUACUUAUAGGGACCAUUUUGAUUACUUAUUUACUUGUAUCACUGGUAAUAUUCCGGGCGAUAUACUGGAUUUGUCGUGGUGUCUGCUUGUCCAUCCUCACAAUAAUACCCACACUAGUUCUGCAGAAACCUCUGUAUUCUUUUACAUCAAGUUCAAUGUAAUAUUAUUAU